ACAAACCAGAAGGAAGACGAGACUCAACAGACACAUGAUGCGAUUUCACGGGGAGUCGGCCCCAGCAUGGAACGACGGCCGCUGGUGGGUUGGGGUUAAAACAACCGACUCGAUCUAGACACUCUCAUCUCGUUUCUAGUGUCUUUCUUAGCUCUUGAACCAAAGGUGCCGUUUCCGACUGCAUGGAUAUCAUUUGAUGCUGAGUACUGUUCGUAUUUUUCACGUGAGAGAUCUAUGUAGGUACUAAGGUAUGCCUCACAAACCAGAACUGCCUGCCAAACUCUCCAGAUCUCGUCACGCCAGAAAACCUGCAGAAAGGACGGGACCCUUCCCAGCGUGUUCACUGUCGUCACAGUGGAGGAACUAAGCGAAAGGCCCUUAGAUUAGGACGUUCUAGUAGGCCCCUCUUCCUCACCGCGGCUCUGUCAACUUUGUCAUUUCGCCCCUGAAAUGCGUUGGAUUACAUUAAGUUGUCUCUGAUUGGUUCAGCUAAUACGGAGAAAUUCCUCUUCGUUAGGUUCGUGCCUUAGCGCCGCUGGUGGUAUUUUUGCGCAGGGGAUCGCCGUCCUGGUGCCCUGACCGACUCAGAUCCAAUACGCGCUAGGCCGAGAUCGGGCCCUCUUUUUUGUUCUCUCCGUUCGAUUCUUAUCAGCCAAAGCUUGAGGUCACUUUCUCGUUUUUAUCUUAUCUUAUCUCACCCAUGCUCAUGGUUACUUCCUUAUCGAUCAGUACCUUUAGCUACUUAGCUUUGUUGAUUGUUCCCAAGAACGAUCAGCAUCAGUAGCAGUCUGGUUGUCACGCCGCAUCGUCGCAUCACUUAGAAUCGUCUCGUGUCACUCGACAUCAAUUCUGUACUUUUAUCUACUUCUAUGCAAUAUCGCCAACGACUCAGUCAUUCCCUUUGGUGAUGGCGUCCGACCUCGGGAGCUCUCCCAAAAGAGAGCCAACACCCACUCUUCCUUUAUCCUCGGUUCCUCAAAAGCGCCCCCUUGAAGAAGGCCGUCACAGUCCUGUCGUUCCCUCGCCACUGAACCCCGAAGUCAGGCCUCCCGACUCUUUGGCACCUGAAGAUCCUGCUCAGAAUUCUAGAUCCAAGUCUGCGCGAGCAAAGAAGGAUACUCUAAAGAAACGCGAGGCCAAAGGAAGCGAUAGUGUUCGUGCGACACCUGAUCCAAAACCAAAGUCGAAGCCACAGAAGAAACAAAGCGAUUCGAGCCCAUUACGAUACAACUUGGGGCAGCCUAAACUGUCCAACUUCAACCCUCCUCGAGGUCCUGUCUUGACGGCACACCACGAGGUCACUGCCCCUGACGGCCAAACGGUCGAAUUCUUUGAAACAUCGGAUCAUGUCUCUAAUAAGAAGAGCUUCCGCUAUACUCCCUGCAUCGCCGAUCCUCUCUUUCCGUCCAUGAUCUACUACCGAAGCACAGAACCAGAGCCAUACGGUCCCCACUUGAGCUUCGAGGACUCAGCAGGGCAUGUUUAUUUUGAUAAGUCGGCUCGUCACGUCACAACCGAAAAAGGAUUUCGCAUGGCAAGGGCCAACGUGGCUGUCAGGGAGGGCAGAUGGUACUGGGAAUGCAAAAUCACACAAGGAGUUCGACCACCAAAAGACGGAGAGUCCAAGCCGGAAGGAGGCAAGCAUGUCCGCGUAGGUUGGGCAAGACGAGAGGCUUCACUUGAUGCGCCCGUGGGGUUCGAUGCUUACAGCUAUGGCCUUCGUGAUGUUGCGGGAGAGAAAGUACAUAUGUCCCGUCCUAAGGAAUUCUUUCCUGCAGGAGAAGGCAUUCGAGAGGGUGAUAUCAUCGGCCUCGAGAUUCAACUUCCAUCAGAACAAUUGCACCGCAAGGUCAUGUUUGGGCAGUAUAAUCCAGUUGUUGAUCAGACCGACGAGGAACCUGCGGCCACCGCUGAAGGCCAUAACAUUGUCCGCGAUCGCUAUCCCAUACGCUUCAAAUCGCAUACUUAUUUCGAGAAGAGCGAGUACUCCCCCGCCAAAGAAUUGGAAGAUCUUAUGAAUCCGGCAGGGGCUGGCGGUGGCUCUUCAGAGGAACCUGGUCCUAAUCACCCUCUUCCAAGUCUCCGCACGCUUCCCAAUUCUUGCAUCCGCGUGUACAAGAAUGGGGUUCUAAUGGGAACUCCGUUCGAGAAUCUCCUUGGCUUCCUUCCACCAGCUUCGCGUCCUCAUGGCCAAGCUGGCGGUCGCGAAGGCCUUGAUGACGGCAUGCUCGGAUACUACCCUGCCGUAAGUGUCUUCCAUGGAGGCGCCGUGGAGGUAAAUUUCGGCCCCGACUUUUGGUAUCCUCCCCCAGCCGAGAUCGAAGAUAAACCUGAUAAGGUCUGGUCAGGCAACGCUCGCUUGAACAAGAUGCACCCUGUGAGCGAGCGUUAUUCUGACCAAAUUGCAGAGGAUAUUGUCUGGGACAUCAUUGAUGAGGUGGACUUUUGGUCCAAAGAUGGGGGCGGGGCAACAGAUCGCCAAGGUGUGAGCGACAAGAGUGAAGCCGUCGCCAUGGCUCCUGGGCGAGAAGAGAUCAAGGAAGUGGUCCAAGACGAUUGAAGCGUAGCAAAAUAUGUUGUCUCUUUCUAUCCAGAUGAUGUUCAAUAGCUGAGCCACGAAAGCCUCGAGAAGAGAUGUUCAUCUCAACCUACAAAAGAUACCCACUGUGAAAAAGCAGAAAUCAAGUUUAUUAUUCAUACCAUGUCCAUCAAUAGUAAAAGCUGGUAUCGCACUGCCCCGAGGCUCCAUUCUCAUUUCGUC